AUGGGGAAUUGGCUGCAAUACAAGUUUCAAUUCCAGGCCGGGCAUGUUGUUUACGUUCCUCACUUCAGCUUACAAAAUGCUAAUUUAGUAAGCAAGGAGCUGUUCCUGUUUGAAAACGAUUGGGGCACAAAAGAACGCAGCCAGCCCUGUCUCUCCCGAAUCGUUCUCCCUCCUCUGCUCCCUCCUUCACAUCGAACCCUCACCCCGCUGCCCCUUGCGCCGCCACACCCGCCGCACCCCGUCGCCGGCCGGAUCCCCUCCUCCGCGUACGGAUCCGGCCACCCCGACCUCUUUCCCUCCGGUUGCCUUGCUCAGCGGCGCUCGUCCCGCCACCUGCUUGGAGCAGCGACCCCAUGGCAAUGGCAAGCUCACAAGGACGCCAUUCACGCCGGAGCCAGGAGUAGCAGCCCGAAGGCCGAGCCUCCUCGCCCAAACCACAAGAUUUUGGAAGCUAGAGAGAAGUUGUCACAAAAUUUGCAACAUCAGACAAAGCUAGAGAGCAAUGAAGACACAGUAGCUCUGACUUUCAGUAAUGCAGAUGGUACUGUACUUAUGCCUGUAGAGGUGGUCAGCGUAUUGAAAGAUCAAGAUGCUCCUGGCAGGCCCACCGCUUUGCGCAACGUAGAUUAUGGUAUACUUGAACCGAUUCAUCUACAAGCGCUAUCAAAAGAUACAGUCAGUGAUGCUGGAGCUGUUGCUUCAGAUAAAAUCAGCAGCAGUGUGCCUCUAGUCCUCUACAGCUUGUGCCAGUAUCAAAAGAUGCCACUGAUUUCUCACAAUCAAGGAUGGAAGAAAGCAUUCACACUUCCUCUAAAAAACAUGCCACUGAACAGUGCUCCAUCAGAAGAAGUUCAGCGGAAAUGGCCAUCAAGUGACCUCAGCGAGCAAUCAAGAGUUGUCAUUCAGAAGGCCCAUAACGAUGGCUGUGACGAUGAUGGGGAUGAAUGGUUGGAAGAGGACACGGCCGGUCCAGGAAGCACGCACAUUCCAAUAGUAGGAGACGAAUGA